AAAGUACAAGGGGCAAGAGUUGAAUUAGUACAACUGUACAAGUUGUAUAUACAGCCCUGAACUUACGGAUCAACAAUUCAUCUUCGAGUUUUUGACGUCACAUUCUCCCUUCUCUCAUUUUUUAUAACGAAAAUAGAAAAGAGAAGGAUAUCAUAUAUCUUACCCAGGCCGUUUAAUAACUUUGAUUUUUCUCUCCAGUUUUUGUAAUAGAGCCAUGUUUAAGAUCCCAGAUCAUCAGGUUGCUGGACACCAGGCUGGGUCAGGGAAGCUUGGUCCACUCAUUGACGAUACGGGUCGUUUUUACAAGCCUCUUCAGAGCGAUAAACGUGGGUCUGAAGAAGUCGCCUUUUAUGAAUCGUUCUCUUCCAGCUCUGAAGUUCCAGAACACAUCCGCAAAUUUUUCCCCAUCUAUUAUGGAACCAAAGUCAUGAAGGGAUCUACAGGAUCAGAGCACCCUCACAUUGUGUUGCAAGAUCUUGCAUCAUCCCGUGUGAAUCCAUCGAUAAUGGACAUCAAAAUUGGGUCCAGAACCUGGGGUCCUGAUGCAUCCGAGGAAUACAUUGCAAAAUGCUUGAAAAAGGACAGGGAAAGCACAAGUAUUCCACUAGGAUUCAGGUUAUCAGGGCUGCGGGUUUAUGUCAAUGAUGAAUCAGAGUUUUAUAAGCCUCAUAGAGAUAUUAUACGUAAUUCUGGGUUUGAUGAUGUUAAAGUUCUUCUUAGGAAAUUUGUUUCCUCUAAUCCAUCUGCAGAGAUGGACACGGAACCAGAUUGCGAUUUAGCAUCUUCUGUCUAUGGCGGGCCUAAUGGGAUUUUGGCCCAAUUGUUGGAACUCAAAGCAUGGUUUGAAGAUCAAACCAUCUACCACUUCUAUGCUUGUUCGCUUCUUUUCACAUUUGAAAAAGGGUUGGCGCUAACAGGUGCCAGUUCAACUGCAGAAGUAAAACUCAUCGAUUUUGCACAUGUUACGGAAGGUAAAGGUGUUAUUGAUCAUAACUUUUUGGGCGGGCUCUGCUCUUUGAUUAAAUUUAUUUCUGACAUACCGACAGAUAUGAAAGAUCAUACUGUUAUUAACGGUCAUGCUGGACUUUGAAGCCAUCUCUUUGUUACUUCUUCAUAAUUUGUUAAGACAAAAGAUAUUUGAUUUGAAGUUUUAUUAGCUUACUGGAUCACAGUUUUGCUGAUACAAGUAAUUCUUCACUUGCA